AUGGUGAAGGUCAGAGUGAACGGAUUUGGCCAUAUUGGAUGCCUGGUCACCAGCGCUGCUAACUCUGGCAAAGUGGACAUUGUGGCCAUCAGUGACCCCUUCACUGACUUCAAGUACAUGGUCUACAUGUUCCAGUAUGAUUCCACCCAUGGCAAGUUCCAUGGCACUUUCAAGGCCGAGAAUGGGAAGCUCAUCAUCAAGGGAAAGCCAUCUAUCACCCUCUUACAAGAGCAAGAUCCCACCAGCAUCAAGUGGGGCUAUGCUGGCGCUGAGUACAUGGUGGAGUCCACUGGUGUCUUUACCACCAUGGAGAAGGCCAGGGCUCACUUGAAGGGUGGUUCCAAGGGGGUCAUCAUCUGCGCCCCUUCUGCUGAUGCCCCCAUGUUUGUGAUGGGUGUGAAUCACGAGAAGUAUGACAGCUCCCUCAAGACUGUCAGCAAUGCUUCCUGCACCACCAACUGCUUAGCCCCACUGGCCCAGGUCACCCAUGACAACUUUGGUGUCGUGGAGGGACUCGUGACCACAGUCCAUGCCAUCACUGCCACCCAGAAGACUAUGGAUGGCCCCUGUGGGAAGCUGUUACAUGAUGGCCACGGGACUGCCCAAAAUAUCAUCCCCGUGUCCACUGGCACUGUCAAGGCUGUGGGCCAGGUCAUCCCAGAGCUGAAUGAGAAACUCAUGAGCAUGGCCUUCCACAUGCCCACUCCCAACGUGUCAGUGGUGGAUCUGACCCACUUCCUGGAGAAAGCGGCCAAAUACGAUAACAUCAAGAAGGUGGUAAAGCAGGUGUCAGCUGGCCCCCUGCUGGACUACACUGAAGAUCAGGUUGUGUCUUGUGAUUUCAACAGUGACACCCACUCUUCCGCUUCUGACGCUGAGGUUGGCAUCCCCCUCAAUGACCACUUUGUCAAGCUGAUUUCCUGGUAUGACAAUGAGUUUGGCUACAGCAACAGGGUGGUGGACCUCAUGGUCUCCAUGGCCUCCAAGGAGUAA